AUGUCAGGAUAUGUAGAUGAUCUAUCGGAAGAGCAGGAGGAGAAGCUACGAGAGCUUUGGGGGUUUCUCCUCUCGCCUACACUGACUUUCCUGUCUUCUAUCUAUGGGGUCGAUUUACCACCGGAGAAAACCUCACCUGCCGCUGUCUUCAAAAUUCUGCAUGAAAUUCGAGAUCCCACGCCAACUGCAGUAAUAGCAGCAUUCCAAUCUGCCACCAAUAAAAAUGGAUCUACAAUGCAAGAUGGUGACGGGAAAACCACACGACCCUCAGAGGCUGAAGGCAACCCUAACGGAGCUCUAGAAUCGGGUUCCGGAAUAAAUGGACAGAAAGCGAACGGUCAAAAGGUACAGACUAUAUCAAACCAAAAAGUUUCUAAAGAAAAUAUAUCAUCCUUGAUUAGCCGGCUGCGACAGACAGAUCUCAAUGAGUUGCAAGUGAAAUCAAUGGAACGAAUAUUGUCUAGCAUGACGCCACGAGAAAUGGCUUGGUCGUUGCUAAACAUGGUGAAGCAAGAUAGUCCUGAUGCAGUCUUGCUCCGAUUUCUACGUGCACGCAAGUGGGAUGUCCACAAGGCCUUUUCGAUGAUGUUGUCCAACUAUAUCUGGCGUGUUGAAAGUAAUGUCGAUGAAGACAUCAUGCCAAAUGGUGAACUACAUGCCCUGAAAGAAAGUCAAAAUGAGAAAGACAAGGCAGAAGAAAAGAAAGGGAAGGAUUUUCUGUCUCAAUUGAGAAUGGGUAAAUCAUAUCUACAUGGUGCUGAUAGAGAUGGUCGUCCUAUAAUCGUUGUUACGGUACGCAUACAUAAGCCAGGGGCACAAAGUGAAGAAGCAUUAGAACGGUAUAUUCUUCAUAUUAUUGAAAUGACACGGUUGUUACUGGAGCCACCUGUGGAAACAGGUACCAUAUUGUUUGAUAUGACUGGGUUCACUCUUUCGAAUAUGGAAUUCCCGCCUGUCAAAUUUAUUAUCCAGUGCUUCGAAAGCAACUAUCCAGAAUGCCUGGGACGUUUGCUAAUUCACAAUGCACCGUGGAUCUUCUCCGGAGUGUGGAAACUCAUCCGUCCAUUGAUGGACCCUGUUGUCGCUUCGAAAGUGCAUUUCACCAAAAAUCUAGAUGAACUUUCAAAGUUCAUCGCCCCCGAGAACAUUUGCAAAGAACUUGGCGGCACUGACGAAUGGACGUACCGUUACAUUGAGCCAGCCCCUAGCGAGAACAACCUGAUGAAUGAUACUUCGACCAGGGAUGAGCUCAUGAGUGAGAGAAUGACGAUUGCCCUAGAUUUUAUCUUGAAGACCGUAGAGUGGAUUAGACUAACCAGUGUUGCUUAUGGCGAAGUAGAUGACACUAAAGCACCUGAAGUGGUGGAGCGGCGACAAGAUCUAAUUAGACAGUUUCGGCAAAGUCACUGGAAACUUGACCCCUAUAUUCGCGCUCGAAAUCAAAUGGAUAGAGAGCGGGCGAUAUCUUUGGAUGGUGCAGAUUGAAGAGAUUUUGAAGGGAAAGUCUAUAAUCGAGUCUACUAUUGCAUACACUCUAUCU